CUGAAACGUACCUACUUCCAACUGAGCCAUGAAUCCCGAUAGUUCGUUGCACACAGAACACCAAUCCACGACACUGAUUACGAGCAGCCUGGAAAUCCUCGAACAUCGCCCGCCUGGAGGCUAUUCCGGCUUUUCUCCGCAAUGUUUGCAGCUCACCACGACCAGGAAAACCUCUUUGCUCACCAGGCGAGCACCGCUAAACAGCAGCUGCAGGCCAAGACACCCGCUGCACGCUUUCCAAAGACGCCUCUGAAGGUGCCCCUAAACGAUGAAAACACCAAUCACGGCUUUGCUGGAAAGAGCGUUCUGCGAACCAAGGGAAAUAAUGAGAACAUUGCUACGACGGGGAAAGGGGGAAACGGUAUUGGAGAAUCUGGCAGGGCUGCCUUGGUGACGCCUGGAGAGCCCCGGACUGCUCGAGCACCUCUUGGAAACAAGACUACCAACGCGAAAGCCAGGACGCAGCAGACCCCUGGAGUGAAGCAGCUUGUGCAGGACUUUGAGAAGACUAGCAUCAGACCAACCACAGGUCUUAGGCCCAAACAUGCAGGACCUCGUACCGAAUCAUCAAAACUGGAGGUGCACACGGACAAAAGUCCUCUCGACAAGGAGGAAGAGGUCGAAUACGCUCCACCGAAGCCGAAGGAUAUUCCUUACGAGUCUGAUAUCCUCCCUGAGCAUCUGUUCACGUUAGAGGGCCUGAAACCGGAGAACUUGUUCAAGGGAUAUUACCAAUACUACUUUAACCCCGUGGACGACGAUGGCAAGUCGCGAAUUGAGCGCGAGAUGGAGGAGCGGCAGCAGCGCAGCUUCGAGCGUGGUGAAGAGCAGAUCCGGAGAGACAUGGAAGAGUUUGACUGGAGUAUCGGUGAUAUUCCGGAGAGCAAGAAUCUCUUCAAGAAGAAGGCCGAUGUAGCUACGGCAAGUACGGUUGCUAAAGCUACGGCUGUCAAGAAAACCACACGCCCGGGUCUCAAACAGCCAAGCACCAUCGCAUCUCGAAAGGCAGCAUCGGCUCUGGCCAUGACUGUGAAGGCCUCGAGCACAGCAGAGGGCGAGACCAACAAAUCGGUCGCAUCCGCAACAACCAAAGUGCCAUCUAGGGGCUUUAUGUUGCCCAAGCGGAAGCCAACGCAGCCUCUUUCCCAGGCCAGCGUCUCAGCACGGAGUCGAGGAGCUGCCGUAACUGCCUCGAGAAGCACUUUGGGUUACAGCAAGGGUCGGUCCGCCUUAUCAGCUGUGCACCGAGAGAACGAUUCAAGCAGCCGACAGUCUGAGGUGGCUCCCAAGACUCGUACGUUGAUGCGAUCAGUCAGCACAGCUUCCACAGGUUCGGAUGUCACUAUCACACCAGCUCGCUUCGCGCAAUCAUCCCAGGAGUCGAAGAAGCCCGAUUUCCUCCACAUCUUCGAUGCUGAUGAGGACGACGGUGAUCUAGGCGGCGGUAUGCCGCCAUUGGACGACUUUGACGAUGACUUUCAGCUCUCUACCAACUUUUAGCUGCGCACACAAGCUGUUAAUAAUAUCCGGCCGGCGUUUGGUUAAGGUGCUUGAGGAGAGAAACCUCGACGUUUAUUUGCUAUGUCUGCUAGGUUAGGUGGAGUACUAUUGACAUUGUUUUACAUCCCGCAGCAGUAGCCCAACCAGCUCACGGCUGGAAAGGGGCUUGGAGUGGUGUUACAGAGGGAUACCGGGAUACGAGUGACUCUUGAUUGUAGCGGCGGGU